AUGGACCACGGCGACCACAGCGGCCACGGCGGCAACAUGCCCAAGUGCUCUAUGAACAUGCUCUGGAACGCCCAGGUCGCGGAUACCUGUGUCGUCUUCCGCUCGUGGCAUAUCAGCGGCUGGGUACCUAUGCUCGUAUCUUGCCUCGCCAUCGUCGCCAUCUCGGUCGGCUACGCUGCCAUCCUCGCGCGAUGCCGGCGCUACGAGCGGAACGUGGCUGCGACCCUCGCUGCCGCACCUAUGACAGGGUACGCGGCAGUGGACGACCAGAGCGGCGCCAAGGUCGGCAUCGUCCGCCUCCCUUCCUCGGCCCGCGCCACUCGCGCGGGCAUGUACGCGGCAUCGGUCGCGAUCGCCUACUUUCUCAUGCUCGUCGCCAUGACGUACAAUGUGUACCUCUGCACUGCUAUUGUGAUUGGCGCGUUUGUUGGGCACUACGUCUACGAGGACGAGCUGGACAUCAGCGGGUUCGUCUCGAGCACUGGUGCGCGCGGUCUGGCAUGUCAUUGA